AUCUAAACAACGACAAUAGAAUAUCUAUUCGACCCGUUUCUUGACUGUUGGAUCAUGACCAAAGGCACUUUAUGUGAUCGCAAGUCUUCGUUUGGUCGGUGACAUAAGUCGGGCCAAAUUUUCCCACAACUGUGAUAGGCUUCGAAAAUGGUCGUCUACUCAUUCUAUAUCUUCGACCGACAUGCCGAGUGCAUUUACAAAAAGCGAUGGCCGCCCCCAUCAAUGUCAUCUUCAGGCAAAGUAUCGAAACCAGCUGCCCAGGCUUAUAUCAACGGGGGCGCUUCGGCACGCUCUACCCUGAGCGCAGAAGAUGAUGCAAAGCUCGUUUUUGGUACUGUGUUCUCCUUGCGGAAUAUGGUGCGGAAAUUGGGCGGCGACGAUGACAGUUUCCUCUCCUACCGAACUUCGCAAUACAAACUCCAUUACUAUGAGACUCCCACCAACAUCAAAUUCGUGAUGCUUACCGACACAAAAUCCGGAUCCAUGAGAAUCGCGCUGCAGCAGAUCUAUGUCAAUUGCUACGUGGAAUAUGUGGUGAAGAACCCGCUAGCCCCAAUCGAACACCCUGGAGGCAUCGGCGUCAACAAUGAACUUUUCGAGGCUAGCUUGGAGCAGUUUGUUGAUAGGGUUCUCAAUGCAGCUUGAAGGUCCGAGAUCGGAGGAAACAACUCAAGACCACUGUGAUUCUCAAGAAGUGACAGUGGCAAGUCCAGUUCCGGGCAUCAAUUGGAGGGAGCCUGCAAUAUUUACGCCUUGAGUGCCGCGGCCUUAAGAGGGAUGUGCGCCAUCUCAGUUGAUCAGCCCCAGGCGAGCCGACAGGCUUCCUGAUUCUGCUCCACUUAUCCCACCAGAUGUCAAAGGCCGCCCAGCACCUCAACUCCAGCGUUGAGAGAAGACUAUGCGGCGAACCGGCGGCU